AUGGCCGACUUUGACGCUCCUACCGGCCCUCCCCCGCCCAAGGUGCCAGAAGGCUGGGUCGCGCGCUGGAACGACCAGUACAAGGAAUGGUUCUACGUAAACACCUACACCAAAAAGUCCCAAUGGGAAAAACCCACCGAGCCGGCCAUCCCGCCCCGCGAUGACGCUCCUGCCGGUCCGCCCCCGAGUUACACCGCCGGGGAUAAUAAACCUGUUGUUGUUUCUGAUGCAAAGGUCAAUCCUUACGAUAAUACCAACCAGUCGACUACGGGCGGUGCGUCCGGAUCUGGGACCCAUCAAACCGAAAGCGAAGACGAACGCCUGGCUAGGCAGCUACAGGCGGAGGAGGACGCUAGGGCGCGGUCUCAUGGGGGUACUACAACGCCGCAGCAGAGCUUUCCGGGACAGCUCCCACCUAGACCGGAUAAUCUUGAGAAGGGGAAGAGUUUCUUGGGGAAGUUGUUUGGGGGGAAGAAGGGGGGCGGUGGUAGUCAUGGGUCGGGGGGGACAUUGGGUGGGUUGGGGGGGUUGAUGGCUAAUCGCCCUGGGAGUCACAGUCAGUAUCCGGGGGGGUUAUGGAGGGCCGGCGCCGCCUCCUCAGGGGGCUUAUGGUGGUGGUGGUUAUCCUCCUCAGGGAGGGUACGGCGGUUAUCCUCCUCAGCAGGGGUAUGGAGGUUACCCUCCUCAGCAGGGUUAUCCGCAGCAGGGUUAUGGGGGUUAUCCUCCUCAGGGGGGGUAUGGGGGUUAUCCUCAGCAGGGCUAUGGUGCUCACGGUAG